UUGCGAAGAGCGCACGAGGAAUACGUACCACCGAAUCAUGUUUGCCGAGGCCGUCUUCGUGGCGCUGUGCCUAGCAGGUGCCGUUUGCGGCGGUGCCGUGUAUCCCGCCCCGGCCCCACAUUACGCCCCGGCACCCGUUCUGGCAGCUCCCCGCGUCUACGCCGCUCCCGCAAAGGCCCUGGUCGCUCCUGUCGCUGCGGCGCCGGCGACGGCGCAGUCCUACUCCUUCGGUUACAACUCGGCUGACGAGUUCGGCACGCGCGUCCAGCGCCAGGAGUCCAGCGACGUGAACAACGUGCGCACGGGCUCGUACGGCUACGCCGACGCCAACGGCAUCUUCCGCCACGUCCAGUACGUCGCCGACGCCGGCGGCUUCCGCGCUGCCAUUGACACCAACGAACCGGGCACCGCCCAGGGACAAACGGCUGGCGCCCUCUACAACGCCGCGCCGCUGCCGGCCGCCCCAGUGGCCCGUCCCGCACCCGUGGUCGCCGCAGGGCCGUACAAGCCCGCCGCCGCCGUACCCGUGGCGGCGCCGUACGCGGCGUACGCAGCCAAGCCAGCCGCCCCUCCGGCAGCACUGUACGCGCCGGCGCAGCCUAAGUACGCGGCCGCCGCGCCAGCGUUUGCCCCGGCGCGAGCUGUCGCGUACGGGCCCAAGUAUUUAUAAGCACGACGUAUAGGAAGCAUCCACCCACCUGUUUGUCCGAGUGGGUCGAACUGAGCGUGACGCACCUUUGGGCUUGAGCUAUUUCGACGGUCAUUAAACUUUUCGCUUUAUCGAUCUUCAGAGUGAGUGCACGCGACUGCUGUAUUUAGAUUGCUCAUAUUUGCACGAAUGAACUCGUGCAUGAAUUUGAAACCCUGGGUUGAAAAUUACUGUCGGUUUUAGUGAUCUCCGCAGUAUCCAGGAAGUGGUAUAUUAACUCAUGUAUGCCUAAUUUUUUCUUAUGGAAGAUGAUGAUGACCGGGAGGGUGAACGCGAUGAUGAGGUGUAAUAUUUUAAUUAGAAGAAAGCAGAACCACGUACGAAGUUGUGCAUUUAAAUUAGGCUGCAUGAUUUCGGUCUUUCAAGGAAACCUUUCUUUCAAGACAUUACAAUGUUUGGCGUUCCUUCUAUGAUCGGAUAUCAUUUAGCGCAUAUUCCAUCGAUCUCUUUUAGAAACUGUCUUAUUGAUGUUUCGCGUUAAUUUGAGGAAACGUUCCUUAUCUGAAAAAUGCAAGUGCGUGCUUCGCCUCAGCGUUGGUAUUAGCCUAGGUGCGGCUUGCAACUUCUACAUUCGACAGAAGCAGCGAAAUAGAGAAUGAGCCAUGAAGACUAUUUGUAAUGAUUGCGUGGGAAGCAGCGAGAUAGAGAAUGAGACAUGAAGACUAUGAGUAAUGAUUGCGUGGGUGCGCGUGCGGUGACUACUUUUGUGCUCCUUUAGUUACCAGUCCAGAUGCUUAUGUUCACAAUACGAAGACCUCGAACUUCGAGUUGCCUUCAACGAGGGUGCGAUGGCUAUUAUGUCUGAGCUUGCACUUUCCUUCUGUGCCCCAGCUUUCGGCUGUCGGAGGCGGAGGUGUAAGUUGAGCUUGGUUGUGAUUUUUCAACUUGUAGUUUAGAGAGUAGAACUCCAUAUUAUGUUCGCUCCGUUUAGAUGGUGCCUUGCGAUCCCUGUUAAUUUUUCCUUCGUCUUGAAUAUUUUUCACUGUAUGCAAUAAACAUUAUAAA